AUGGAUAAGUCUGCUGCAGAAAUUCGUGAGCUUUUGUGCUUACCAGACGAUUUAACUGAAGCAGAAAAGCAAGAAAUAGCAAGGCAGUAUGAGUACCGCGAAAGUCCGCCACCUGCCCCGGUGGCAGACUCUCGCGGUAUGGAGAUGGACGAGCACGAUUUGGUUGGCACCUCGUCUUCUUUUAUUCCGCAAAGCUCGUCAACCUCAAAUGUUGUUUAUGCGGAUGUGUCUGCUGAUAAGAAAGAGGUGAAUGUUAAUUUGGAUGGACCCGGAAGUAGUGGGUCCUCUUAAAUUAAUUUAAUUGUUAAUUUAUUUUUGGGGACUUUUAUUUAUUUUUAUGCCACACCCCUUUGGAUUUAGGAAAAAAAAUUGUGAAAUGGGAAAAUGAAUUUUAAGGAGUUCUGUGACCCCUUUUUGUCUUAAGGAAUAGAAAAAGGGAACUUAUAUACUUUAACUACCUACCCCAAAAUUUUGUCGGGGGAUUUUAGAGGUUUAUGUUACUUGUGUAGAACCCAGCGACCGUUGACUUCCUGUGAGUGUAAGGCGCAUGCUCCUCGCCGACUUCCCGUAGGUUUACGUUGACCAUUUUGAACCCAUUUGUCUUAGCUCAGAUUUGAGACCGCGCGGUGGUAAAGUUUUAUUUGGUACUUGGAAAAUGACAUUAGGAGAGUUGUGGAAGGUUAAGAGUGUCGUUAGAUUUUAACUGCCUGUUGUUGUUCUUCUCGAAAUCAAAGAAAAAUUAGAGGGGUGUGGUAUAAAGGGAAAUAAAAGUACUCGAGACCGGAUUGGGAGUGUCGUACGAAAAUCGAGAUCGAUAUCUUUUAAAAAAUCU